AUGAAGCCUUACAACACCUACGCAGUUACAUCUGCAGAUUUCUCAUCCGUGUAUACAAUACGAGGUGCCAGCGGCUUCACCGGGGGUUCUGGGCGAGCGCAGAAGCAACGCCUGGACGGUUGGAGGGGUUUAAGGCAGAAAACGAAGAGAUGGAAAGAGGUUCUCUCAGGGCAUCUCCUAUGUAUCACAAUGAUGACGCUGUGCGCGCUGGCGGCGCUAGUGUCGGCGCAGGUGACAUUCAGCCGCGACUGGUCCGGAGGCAAGAGAUCCCCACCCGCGGUGUUCGACUGUGAACAGUUCGCUAGAUACUGCCGACACUUGCUGCACGAGUUAAAACAAGAGAUAACCGAGAACAAGUUAACCAAGCGCAACCACUUGGAACCCGAGGAGUUCCAGGUGAACUUCGACGUCGAUAAAUAGUCAGCCUGCUUUAUAUUCUCUAUGUAACGUACGCACAGUGCACUAUAUAUGAAUAACUAAUUAUAAUUAUUCAUAUAACAUUAUAUUAUGCUGCUUUAAAAAUGUGUAUUUUUUUAAUAACCUCAAGACGGCGAAUCUAUAGGUACGUAAUACGUAAUAGCAAUAAAAGAAAUGAAAAAGACCCGAUUCCAUAAAAUAUAAAAACUGAAAAAACAUAUUCUAAUCUUAAGUGUAGAAAACAGUCGGGACCAUAAUUAUUAGAUAGAAUUCUUUUAACAAUAGAAAGUCACGUUAUU